CGCUUUGUCUGACAUCUUGUUUUCGUUUCGACUAGUCGAGCUCGCGUUGGAUACCGGAAAAGUGUAAAUCUUUCCUGUAAAAAGUAUUCAGUUUUUUGAAAAAAUAUUGUGAAAGUGUUCAUCAAGGUUUAUUGCAUUGGAAAUAAAUCAAGUCACCUUUGUGGACAUCGAAUUUUUCGUGAAAAUUGAAUUUUUCUUUGUGGUUGGGCUACCGCAAGCUGGGGCGCAGUGCCGUGUUGAGAAGUAGGUACUAGAGUGGCAAAACAAAGCGGUAGGGUGGUUCGAGAAGGAUGAGUAAAAGAAGGCGAAGCAGUUCCAUUCUUGAUGAAGACGACAGUGACGACGACAGCUUGCCGGAGCAGUCCCCUGUUCCUUCCGGAUCAAGGAAGAAAAAGAAGUUGGACCCGGCGGAGAUCUGUCUUCAAGUAUACGACUCGCUCCGAGCGUUCAAGAAAGAGGAUGGGACUACAUUGUGUGACACAUUCAUACGGGCUCCCAAGCGACGUCAGGAACCAUCGUACUACGAAGUGGUUGCCAAUCCUAUUGAUCUGUUGAAGGUUCAGCAGAAAUUGAAAACCGAAGCAUACGACGAUGUGGACGACAUGACGACGGACAUUGAACUGAUAGUCAAGAAUGCAAAAGCGUUCUAUAAGCCGGAUACUUCAGAAUUUCAAGAUGCUUGUCAGCUGAUGGAAGUGUUUAAUACAUAUAAGCAAAAGCAUAUGGAAGCAUUGGACCAGGAGGUAGGGGAACCGAAGGCUAAAAAAAUAACCAGGCCCCGAAAAUCUACGCAUAGGGAAGAUGACCCGGAUGGCGACGAUCUUGAUCCAUAUGAAGAGUUGUUCAAUGCCGUAAUGACGGCAACGGAUGAGAACAGAGAACUUCAUAGGAUGUUCCAGUUGCUUCCUUCGAAGAAACUGUAUCCCGAUUAUUACGACGUAAUCGACCAUCCGAUCGAUUUGAAAUGCAUUGCGGUGAAGAUUCAAACCAGCGCUUAUUCGUCUUUAAACGAUAUGGAAAAGGAUUUGCUGCAGAUGACGAAGAAUGCCUGUAUAUUUAAUGAGCCAGGGUCGCAAAUCUAUAAGGAUGCUAAAAAUUUGAAGCGAAUUUUUACUAAUCGUAAAGUUGAGAUCGAGGCGGGACGGCUUAGGAAAAGUGCCAACAGAAAGGCUCGCACCGGAACUAGUUUGAGUGCCAUGGUUGCCGCUCUGAAAGAAGACAAUGAAAGUUCCGAUGACGAGUUAGAUGAUUCGAUGGAUACUGAAGGCGAAGGGCCGUUAUGGCAAUUGUUUGAUCAACUUUACAAUACUGCCAAUACAAAUGAUCCCAAUGCUGUAGGCGCACCGCUAGGGGAAUCGCUGUGGAAGCUUCCUAAUCGUCGCUUUCAUCCGGAAUACUACACCAUGAUCAAGAAGCCUAUUUCGAUGGGACAAAUCCGGAACAAACUGAAGAAGGGACUGUACUCCAAUGUGACCGAUAUGAGCGCCGACCUGUACGUCAUGUUGGACAACGCAAAGAAAGCCAAUCCACCGGGGAGCAAGAUCUAUAGGGACGCUGUCAAAAUGCAAAGACUGCUUAACCAGAAGCUGAUCGACUCUGGGGAUUUAGAAGAAAGUGAAGAAGAGGAUGACACAGAUUCAUCUUCAAUCGCUGCCGCUACUCCGCCAGCCAAGAAACCGAUUCAACAGAAGAAGACGCCACGUCCUCGGUCAUCUUUAUCCAUGGUGCAGUCCCCACCGCAAUCGUCGACCAGCACCCCGGUUUCCAAAUCCGCCAAAAGCCAGCAAUCGUUCCUCAACAUGUUGAAAAAGAAACUCCUGUCUUUGCAUGAGUAUCUGCUGCAAUACACAUACAAUGGGCGCCAACCGAUGGGAUUGUUCAUCGAGAAGCCAUCAAAGAAGCUUUAUCCGGACUAUUAUCAAAUUAUACAACACCCGAUCGACAUGACCACCAUCGAGAACAACAUCAAAACCGAUCGGUAUGGCGUUCUGGAUGACUGCGUUGGCGACUAUCGGCUGAUGUUCUCCAACUGUCGCAAAUACAACGAAGAGGGAUCGAUGAUCUACGAUGACGCCAACAUCCUGGAGAAGGCACUUAAUGAAAAGCUGAAGGAAUUCUCCGGCAUAAGCAAACGGUUUAGCAUGCCAAAAUCCGCCUCCAAACCUAAGAACAAGCUCAACACGUUGGAGGCUAAGCUGAAACACUUGUACGAAACCGUACGCGAGUAUCGGGAACCUAAGGCCAACCGACAACUGGCAUUCAUCUUCAUGAAACUACCUUCAAAGAAUGAAUAUCCCGACUACUACGACAUCAUCAAAAAUCCAAUCGAUUUGGAACGGAUCGAGCAAAAACUGCGCAAGCAAAUUUAUGAAAGUGUUGACGACAUGGCCGGCGAUUUUAUGCUCAUGUUCGAGAACGCCUGCAAGUACAACGAGCCUGAUUCCCAGAUCUACAAGGACGCCCUCUGUCUGCAGCAGCUGAUCAUCCAAACCAAGCAGGCGCUGCGAAGUGAUGAAACCGUGCCGGAUGUGCCGCAGGCCGUCCAAGAGCUGUUGCUCUCGUUGUUCACCACUUUCUAUAACUACCAGGACGAAGAGGGACGAUGCUACUCGGACUCGUUGGCGGAACUACCCGAGCAUGAUGAGAGUCCGGAGGGAAAUAAGGUACGCGGAAUCUCAUUGGAUUUGAUCAAACGUCGCUUGGACAAGGGUCUUUAUAGGCGGCUGGAUUUGUUCCAAGAGGACAUCUUCUCUUGUCUUGAGCGGGCACGGAAGCUCAGCCGUACCGAUUCCCAGGUGUUUGAGGACUCGAUUGAACUGCAAUCGUACUUCAUCAAGAAGCGGGACGAGCUGUGUCGGAAUGGAAACGUGUUAGAAUCGCCUGCACUUAGUUACAGCUCGAUGCAUUUGAUGGCUGCCGUUGAGGCGCUGAGGCAGACUAAGUUGCUCGAGGAGGAAACCGACACCGAAACGGAUAUCACGCAAGCUUCUCAAGGUGAAAGCAUGACAAUCGACCAGAAAGUAUUUUCACCGGGUGAUUUCGUUCACAUCGAUAUUCCGGAAAAUAAAAUCCCUGGGAUCAUGUACAUCGAGCGCCUGUGGACCAACAGCGAUAACGUCAAAAUGAUGUACGGUUGUAAGUUCCUGCGACCAUUUGAAACGUACCACGUGCAAACUCGUCGGUUCCUCGAGAAAGAAGUGUUUCGAAGUGAUCAACAACUGGCGGUACCUCUGUCGCAGGCCCAGAACAAAUGCUUCGUUAUGCACGUGAAAGACUACUUCAAAAUGCGCCCGGAGGGUUUCACCGAUAGGGAUGUGUACGUCUGUGAGUCGUACUAUUCCGUUAAGCGGCGCUGCUUCAAGAAACUGAAAACCUGGAACAUGACCGACCCUGUGACGUUGAUUCCCAGGGAGACACCUCUGGAAAUGAAGCGCGUCAUGUCUGUGUUCAAGGAAAGGAUCGAAAAGCACAAGGAAGAGCUUUCCGAGCUGCAAAUGCAGGAAGCGCUGGUGGAGAAGGAGAAACCGAACGUGGUCGUGUAUGUCAACGGUGGGGACGAGGGCACCAUAUUCUACGAGCAGUACAACUCAGUUUGCGGAGGUGUCGUUAAGACGGGUGAUUACGUGUACGUGGCCACCGAAGCAGGGAAACAAUCCAUCGCACAGAUACAAUCGAUUUGGGAAACGAAAGAUGGCAAAUCCUUUUUCCGCGGACCGUGGUUAUUAACACCGCCGGAAGUUCCCGGAACAAUCAGUCGUCUGUUCUACCGACAGGAAGUCAUGCUAUCAACAGUGCAAGAAAGUACGCCAACGGUUGCGAUCGUCGGACGCUGCGCUGUACUGGAGCAACAUGAAUAUGUUACAAGGCGCCCUACUGAGAUUCCUGAAGCGGACGUGUAUCUUUGUGAAUCCAUAUACGAUGAGUUGAAGAAGCAAAUCCGCAAGGCGGGUGCACUGAAGAAGUUCACCCACACCCAGAUGGUGACGCAGGACGAAAUCUACCGUUUCCGACGUGCCAUCAAUCCACCCAAGGUAACUUGCGGGGAGAUCGCAGCCAUGCAGGAAAAUAAACCGAUUCCAUCGGCUGAUCUGGAAAUCAAGGACGAGUUCAGCAUCAUCGAUGACUCGAUCGAUGGGCCCCCAUCGAUCGGUUCGGAUGUGGUGGCUACGGCCUCCCCCGUGCCCCCAGUGUCCACAGGAACGCCGCAAACGUCGAGCAAGAAGGCCAAGAAGGAAGGCAAAAAGUUAGUUACCGGAUACAUCCUGUACUCCAGCGAGCGUCGCAAAACCGUGGUCGCUACCCAUCCGGAGGCGACGUUCGGCGAGAUAAGUCGCAUUGUUGGCAACGAAUGGCGCAACCUGACGGAUGCGGAGAAGGCUUCGUGGGAGCAGAAGGCCGUCAAAAUGAACGAGGAAAACAACGCCAAAUUUGUAGCAGAAAAUGGGGAGGUUAGCUGUCCGAGUCCGGCCCCGGCCAAACCGGAUGGUCCGCUCGUCCAAGAAAUUUUGCCCAAUCAUGUUUACGAAUGCUGCUGGGAUAAGUGUGAUCACCAGUUUGAGGACCCAUUCGACUGCACUGAGCACUGCAUCACGGACGUCACCGGGUGUGUUUAUAAGACGUUUAUGAAGAACGCCGAACAGGAGUUUGUCUGCAUCUGGCGGGGCUGCGUUCGUUUGCGUCGUAACAUGCCGCCGUUCCCUCACAUGCAGCGUCUGGUGAAGCACGUACGCGAGGUCCACUUGACGAAAACGGCGGCCAAGUUGGUACUGCCUCAGGAUCGCAGUAAAAAUUUCACACCGGGCAAACGGCAAUCCGUUUCGCAACCGCAUCCAUCGACUAUUGUCAAGCAACCACCGGUGUCGGCCGCUGCCAGCAGUCCGAGUACAACGGCAGCUUCCGCUACCAGUACUGCGAGCGGAGCGGCUGGAACGGCGACUGCUGCCUCGACUGCAGCUGGUCAAGCACCCGCAGGGGGAUCCAGUCAGGCCCCCGGUGCGAACAAUCAGUCAAGUAAUUACAUUCCAGCAUCGUAUUAUAAUUUCGUCCCAACACCACCUGCCGAACCACUAUUCGUCACCGUGCCACCCCGGCCCCAAAGGGUGCUCCAUUCGGAAGCGUACAUUCGGUACAUAGAAGGCCUGCAGAACAAUUCGGAGUACAUAACACCGUGGCAGAAAACUCUGACUGCAACCCGUGAGUCAAUUCCGAACCAAGAUGUCAGCCGACUGCCGGUGCAUUGGCUUGGCAAGAAGGGUCGCGAAAAACCGGAAGCUGUCGUCGAUGCAAUCUGGCAGUUGCGUGGAUUCCUGAUGAAAGACGUCAUCCAGUUUGAUCGCUUCUGAAUCUCUUCAAACGCGUAAGUUGAUUGGAAUUUCUUUCCACGAAAGAUUACAAAAUGAUGAUACUGCAGUUUAGGUAGUUGGUAGUCCAGUUGCGCAUAUCUUUACAAGUUGACGAUACGCAAACUGCUAUUGUGUUAAGAUUUUCUUUAUUCGAAACUUAUCAUUAUCAGCUAUUAUGAGGAAUAUAUCUGUUUGUGUGUUAUAAGCGACGCACCUCUAACGGGAA